AUGUGGAGUUUCGGGAAAUUAAGGCUGAUUUCUAAGAGAUUUAGCACUCUCUCCUCUAGUCCUUUACGCAUUUGUGUUGUUGGUAGUGGGCCAGCAGGAUUUUAUACUGCCGAGAAGCUUUUGAAGAAACAUGAAACGGCAGAAGUUGAUAUAAUUGAUCGACUGCCAACCCCAUUUGGACUUGUGCGGUCUGGCGUCGCUCCUGACCAUCCUGAAACCAAGAUAGUCACGAAUCAGUUUACUCGGGUUGCUCAUAAUGAACGUUGUUCAUUCUUUGGAAAUGUGUCUCUUGGAUCCUCCAUAACUUUGGCUGAGCUACGUGAGACGUAUAAUGCUGUGGUGCUCGCAUAUGGCGCUGAAAGUGAUAGAUUUCUUGGCAUUCCUGGGGAGGGUUUGGCUGGUGUAUAUGCUGCCAGAGAGUUUGUUUGGUGGUACAAUGGGCACCCAGACUAUAAAAAUCUUGCCCCAGAUCUGAAAAGCUCAGAUACCGCUGUUAUUCUUGGUCAGGGUAAUGUGGCUCUAGAUGUAGCUCGAAUUCUCUUGCGGCCAACAGCGGAAUUAGCAAAAACAGAUAUAGCAUCUCAUGCUUUGGAUGCUUUCGAAGAGAGCUCUAUAAGGAAAGUUUAUUUGGUUGGAAGACGUGGACCAGUACAAGCAGCAUGUACUGCUAAAGAAUUACGAGAAAUAUUGGGAAUUAAGGAUCUGAGUAUUCACAUCCAACAAGAUGAUUUAGUUACAACACCUGCUGAUGAGAUAGAAAUGAAGAAUAAUAGGAUCAGGAGGCGGGUGUACGAAUUGCUCUCGAAGGCAGCAAGCUCGGGGCAUGCUACUGUUCCUGGUCAACAUGAACUCCACUUUGUCUUUUUCCGCAAGCCUGAGAGAUUUCUUGAAUCUGAUGAUAAGAAUGGUCAUCAUGGUGGUGUUCGGCUUGAGAAGACUGUUCUAAAAGGAGAUGAUGAAUUGAAGCAAGUUGCAGUUGGUACAGGGGUAUAUGAGGAUGUGUCAUGCGGGCAAAGUAUAGGUUACAAAUCAGUACCCAUUGAUGGUUUACCUUUUGAUAACUACAAAGGAAUUGUUCCAAAUCAUGGAGGCCGUGUAUUGGUUGAUGCUUCACAAGAUCAAAUGCAAUACGAAACCGGCAUAUAUGUGUGUGGGUGGUUAAAAAGAGGACCAACUGGAAUUAUUGCUACAAACCUUUACUGUGCUGAGGAAACACUUGCAUGCAUCUCAGCCGAUAUUGAGAAAGGGUUGUUAAACUCACCAAAGCCCGGGAGAGAAGGACUUAAGCACUUACUAGACUGUAGAAAUACCAGAUUCGUAACGUUUGAUGGCUGGGAAAAAAUUGAUCUUGAAGAGAAAAGGCGCGGGAGUUUGAAAAAUAAACCUCGAGAAAAGCUUACUACAUGGGAUGAGCUACUCAAAGUUGCCUGUGAAUGA